AUGGACUUGAGGAUGAUCAGUUGGAAUUUUGAAGUGAGUUUGCAGCUUUUUCUUAUCGAUUCCGCCUCUCCGGCCACCGGCGCUCCUCGCUGUGGUCGUGAGAGGGCCCAUGUGUUUCUCCGUUCGCCGGCGUCGACUUGUCUUGGUCCUAUCGGUGAGGACGGUGAUUGUCACCUUCCCGGCGGUCUCGCUCUUCCUCUAGAUUGCUCGUGGACAGCAUCUGAGCUUUUAUCUAGUCUCUCUUUCCUUUGGCGUGCGGCGGAUCUCCAAUGGUUGUGGCUCGGUGGGGCGUAUUAUGCUCUGUCCGACAUUGGAAAGCUUUGCUCUCCUCUCUUCUGUGCCUGCUUCAUGUCUUCACUCGGUUUCAACCUCUGGUUGUGUCGUUCUCUAGCUCUUGUCUUCACUGGGGGUCUUGUUCAGUUCAUUGUGUGUCUGUUGGUGUGGCUUGUUGUUCGAGCCGGCUUCUCUGACUUUUGCGAGUCCCCUUUUGACCACUUUAUUCAGCUCAUCUCCCAAGCCAAAGGAUGGAGUUUUAAGGCUUCGCUUGAUCAAAGGUUUGGACUGCCUCAGAUCGCUUGCGCCUUUAGUAACUCCUCGCAUCUCCAAGACAUGUCGCACUUGUUUUCUGCUUUGGCAUCCAAUUCCGCAGUUGAUCUCUCGGCUCGGGCUGUCGUUGAAAGGACGACCUACUCGCUUAUCAUCAAGCUCUUCGCUGCCUUGUUCUCUCUUUCACUCUUGUUUCUCUUCCCAGCUACACUUUAG